GGUGAAGUAGCAGGGGAGGGCAGGCGGAGAAAAGGCGAGAGAGAAAGCGGCUGGUCUUUGUAGUCGGCCGAGGAAUGCGGAAACGUCCCUGCUCUGUGUCAAACUCCUCCUGAGGGGGUCGAGGCAACAUUCAUCCCAGCGUGGGAAAGCGACGGCAAGAGGGAGCUCAGAGAGCAGCUCGGCGCACCGCACUCUCCCCGCGUGGAUGGGAAAAACGCGUUGUGGGGGCAAAACAGACGGACAGACGGUGGAGCCUCGCCGGGUUGAGGAUAUAAGCAGCUCUUAUUGCGCGCUCGGGGAAAGAAAAGGAAUAAAAAAAAAAACAUUAAGUCGCAAGUAGCAGGUCGGUGUGUGCCGGAGUGGCGCAGGCGCUGGCGCACGGAGGAUGGGGGGUUAAAGCGCGACUACCUGUGUGGCCUCGCUAGGACACUCCGGGAUGUAGAAAGAGGGAGGGGGGAGAAUAAUAAAAAAAAAUCCCCUCUCUUGCUGUUUGCUUUUUUUUUCUAUUUUUAACAUAAACUGCAUUUACAUUUUGUUCAGGACUAAAAAAGGGGAAGCGGUGCUGUCUCUCCUGGGCAUGGCUUCGUGAAAGAGUCUCUCCGGGCACGUUGUCGGGAUUCCCCCCAUCGGGGUAGGGCUGCAUCCGAGCGAAAGAAAAAAAAAUAACAAUAAAAAGCCAAGUUGAUAAAGAAAAGAAAAAAUGGACAAAGAAGGUCUUAACCAGCAGUAUGAGCCCGUGGCUGAGAUCGGCGAGGGCGCAUACGGGAAGGUGUACAAGGCGCGCGACGUAAAGAACGGACGCUUCGUGGCUCUGAAACGGGUGCGCGUGCAGACCGAAGAGGAGGGCAUGCCCCUGUCGACCAUCCGCGAGGUGGCAGUACUGAGGCAACUCGAGUCUUUCGAGCACCCCAACGUGGUCAGGUUGUUUGACGUCUGUACAGUUUCAAGAACUGACCGGGAGACCAAACUGACUCUGGUCUUUGAGCAUGUGGACCAAGACUUGACCACAUACUUAGAAAAAGCGCCUGAUCCGGGAGUGCCACCGGAAACAAUAAAGGAUAUGAUGUACCAGUUGCUGCAGGGGUUGGACUUCCUUCAUUCACAUCGUGUGGUUCACCGAGACCUGAAACCUCAGAACAUUCUGGUCACCAGUGGCGGACAAAUCAAACUGGCAGACUUUGGCUUGGCGCGCAUAUACAGUUUUCAGAUGGCGCUUACUUCAGUGGUGGUUACUCUUUGGUACCGAGCUCCAGAGGUGCUCCUACAGUCGAGCUACGCGACCCCGGUGGAUCUGUGGAGCGUGGGGUGCAUCUUCGCAGAGAUGUUCAGGAGAAGACCACUUUUCCGUGGAAAUUCCGAUGUCGACCAAUUGGGCAAGAUUUUCGAUGUGAUUGGAGUCCCUCCUCCUGAAGAUUGGCCCCAGGAAGUGGGUUUACCUCAGAGUGCCUUUCCUCCUCGGUCGCCUCAGCCUAUAGAAGACCUGGUGCCUGAUAUGGAUGAGCAUGGAAAAUUACUUCUACUCAAAUUUCUGUCAUUUAACCCAGGCCGAAGGAUAUCGGCUUAUGAUGCCCUGUCACAUCCAUACUUUCAAAACCUGGACAGCACCAGCAAGAGUCUCUAUGCCCAACCCUUCCCGAGCAAAAAUCCCUCCCUGGAGGAGAGAGCUGCUUGAAAGACUUACGUUUUUAUAUAUAUAUAUAUAUAUAUAUAUAUAUAUAUAUAUAUAUAUAUAUAUAUAUAUAUAUAUACUUACAGGCACAAGUCCUUUUUGAACUUGUCUUCCAUCGCUGCAUUACAUGCUGCUUUUUGGCCUUGUUGAAGUAUUACCGCAACUUUUGGUUGAUGCAUUUUUCACUGCAGCAGGUAAUAUCCGAGUCACAACAAACCAGCAAACGAAAACAUCAAAAAGCUGCUUUCCUGCCUGCUUGUCUUCUUUAGCAGGAAGUCUCUCUACCCAGAGGAAACUCCACUGCCAGAAAUCUGAUAUAGAGGCUGCUACACCAUAUUGCCAGGGAUCACUUGAUGGACAUAAUAAAAAUACAACUGCUAGAAUUUACUGCCUCAAUCACACACUUCUCUAAACCAGCAAGCUCACUGCCUGUGACUGACUCAACCUUUCAUUUGGAUCAUAGAUAAUAACCCUUUAGUUUUUUCACUGCUAUAACGGGUCUGUUGAACAGAACCACAAGCGAUAGGAUGGAAUUGUACAACUACACUCGUGCUCACUCUCUAAAACUACCUGGAGUCCUGGGACAAAGCGUUUUAGGGUAAUUUAUCUGUCAGAAUAUCCCCAAAGGCUGGUCUUUGUGGACCUCGACAGCAUUGGAGACACAUUUCAGUUUAGUGCCUUACAAAGGAGGAUUAAGCAUAGAGCUAUGGUUUAAGCCUUUACCACUGUCGAGGCUUCAAUGAUGCUUUAUUAACCCUGACAUACACCCAACACUUCAGGCUGGUUUUCUGGACACAGACUAAAGUCUGGUUUAUGCUUUAUUAUAAAUAUCUGAGUAAAUUUGUGAAAACGAGGUAGUAAAGAGGAAGUCGUAGUGUACAUACAGUAGAUGAACGACAUAAAAGAUGAAACUGAAGCACACCAAGAUAUGUUAAAAAAAGGUUUUAUCUGUAAUAAAAUCUUCUAAAUGCAGAUAUCAUAGAAACCGUUCCACCCCAACCAACCAGCAAGAUGAAUUUAUGGUAAUAUGUUUACAGACAGUAAAGUGCUGCAUUAGUUUGUUUUUCUGUCACGCAGUUCUGGGGUCGAGGGGUUGGUACUGAGCUUAUACAUACAUACAUACAUAUAUACAUACAUACAUACAUACAUACUUACAUAUAUGUGUUGGUUUCCUGCUGGUACAAGAUUUUCAACAAACCUUUAGAAAAACAUACCAGUCAGAUAAUAAGGUGGUAGAAAUUUUUGGUCCUGUGUUCCCAGUGGAUCCCUAUACAAUGCUAAACAGAAUAAAGGGAUUGCUAUUUAUAUAUAUAUAUAUAUAUAUAUAUAUAUAUAUAUAUAUAUAUAUAUAGAGAGAGAGAGAGAGAGAGAGAGAGAGAGAGAGAGAGAGAGAAAAUAUACAUACACAAUACAUACACGCACAUACACAAAAGUCAAAAUGGGACUUUUCAUUUUACAAGUAUAAAAAUGGAUGCUAGCAUGGCGGUACUGAACACAGAAGUAAUUGGCAAGUGUGUCCUAUUAUUAAUAGGCAGUGCACAUGUCGAGGGCCAGUCCAGAGACGGUUAUCUACAAAAAACUUUAAGCAUAGUGCGGUGAUGAGACCCUCGGCUGCAGUAAGACAUUUGAAGGAAAGAUGGUUGUACGUCUGUCAGUGACGAGCGCGGUUGUGAUGGAUCCCAGCCCACAGCAGUCAUUCCUGUGAACAUUCAGCUCGUAAAACUCCUGGUCCUGGAUAAUGAACACAUAAUCUGUAAACGGCUUUAGGAUGGUUCAGGCGUACUGACAAAUCUUUCGAUGCUGAAUCUUUCCAGACUUUGGUUAAACUCUGGGAUAAGUAAAUAAAUGUAUACUGUAUAUAGGGAAGUAUGUUAAAAAAAAAAUAAAUAUAGUUUCCACUUUUUGAAAUUUGUUCUUUUAUUUUAUAAAAUCAAAAGUCCCGGCUUGACUUGAACGCCACUCGUGUGUGUGUGUAUGUAUGUGUGUGUGUGUGUGUGUGUGUGUGUGUGUGUGUGUGUGUGUAUAUAUAUAUAUAUAUAUAUAUAUAUAUAUAUAUAUAUAUAUAUAUAUAUAUAUAUAUAUACAUAUAAUAUAUUCACAAGCUCUUUAGCUUUUGACAUGCUCCCAUGCUACUGGGAAACUUUAUUAACAAAUACAGCCCAACAUUGUUUCUCGACCACCUUAUGACCCAACUGUCUUUGGAAAUCUUGUCAGAGAAUCAAAGAUGCCACCAGUUCCCACGGCUUUCCUACUGCUAGCCUAUUGAAGCACAACUGGGUGGCCCAUUUAGACAUUGAGUUUCAAAGAGUAAUUAUUCGAAAUUGUGUUGAACUCCUCCCUCUGCUCUGAACUGCUUUUUUGACCUCUAGAAAGAAGCAUAAACCAGUCUUGACCGGUGUAAUUUAGUGUCUGGAAAACUGGCCUUUAGACUUCAAAUAGUAUCGCGACACAUAGUAUCUACACCAAUAGAUCUUUCCACACUGUUCAGUUUAUUUCUGAAAUCUCAGUGUUGAUUGUUGAUGACGUAUUGUCUUAAUUUUAGUUGACUUGAAGGUGUAGAGACAUGUAUGUAUGUAUGUAUGUAUGAAUGUAUGUAUGAAUUUUUUUUUAUAUUAUAUAGUAUGUACACACCCAGUUGUGUAAAUGGAGUAGUAACUUGUUAUAUAGCUGGAGGUCUGGAAAUGCAUUUUACAGUUGAAAGGAUUUGCAACAAGCGCAAGUAGAUUCGUCAAAGGCAGGUGGUUCGAGAAAUAGUCGUAGUCAAGUAAUGCUUGAGAAAGUAGAACAUGUUUAGUUUUUGAGACAGCGAAUGUGGUGUGAAAACGAGUGUUUUGCAGAGGUCGAGGCAAGAUUUAUGUAAUAACUGUGUGUUUUCAGUAUAUUCAGAAUUUUAGUACGUUCAGUUCGAACUUCCAUUUGAUCCUUCGAUUUUCCAUUUCACUCUGGUUUGAUGAUGAUAGAAGGGAGGAGGGAAAAGAAGAAGGAGGAAAUGCUGCUUUAGGUAAUGUAGGAUGUGGGCCCAGGAGCUUUGGUCCAAGAUGAGGCUGAAGAGAAAAAGAACAACGCCCAAAUGUCGUGUCGUAGGCCUUAAUCUACAGGUUCAUCCAGAUAAGCACUGGUGCUUCCUUCAUACACUCAGGAUCUCAGUAUAUUCAUUGGUUCAUACUUAUCAGAUAGCUCUGAUUUUACAGCUGAUUUGUAAUGGAUGUUUGUUUUCCUUUUCUUUUCUUUUCUUUUCAUAGCAAAUAAUUAUAUCUGAUAAAUAUCAGAUAUUAACUCACUCUACCACACACACACUCAGGUCUAUUUAUGGUCGUAUGCAUCGAGUCAACAGAUUUCAUGUCUGUUUCAGUUGAAGUUCAUUGUUUAGCAUUUAGGCUGUAGUAGAUUAGGUCUGCAGACUGCAUAGAAUAAUAAAUAAUGCUUUCAAACUAUGGCUAUUUACACACAUUGUUCAUCGAAUUACUGGUAUCAACAUUUAACACUGUUACAGUUUGGACAUUUUUCUUUAUGGAGAACUGGACUUGUGUUUUAAUCUUGGAGGAGUUUCAUCACUCAUCAGUGGAAACGACUUAAUAAACGCCAUCCAGUUUGGAGAGGAAAUCCAAGAAUUCUAUGUUAAACAAUCGAAUCAAUCAUGACGUGACAUAUUUCCAAGUGUUACUCCAAUGUCAUGACUUCCAGGUGUAAGAGAGGGAAUUUCUAGAUGAGCCGAUGAAGUCUUCAUGAUUAGAACACAAGUCUAUUGAGGAAUAGAAGUUAUUCUAGAUAUGUACAUGUGUGGUGGUUUGGGGGGGAAAACAUAGGCUAAAUAUCUAUAUUUCAUGAAGACCAAUGUUUUCAUGUUCUUUCAUUUAAGGAGCCAGCUUACCAUAUACAUCUGCUGAAAGAUUUUCUCAGGCAGUGAACAUCAUGAUGAAUUCAUCAAAUCCUGAUUGUGAAAAUCUCCACCGCUACAGCGAAAUCGUACUGACAAGGAUUUUCCCAAAUCGCCACACAUGGAUUUAUAACAAACCAUGCGCUAGUUUUGUCUUUUUUGGUUGCUGUUGCCGGACACUGCUAACAUUCCUUCCAUUUUUGUUUUAUAUGUUGUUCAAAACCUCUUCUUCACUUCCAGGCAGUUCCUCAAUAUGACUGUUUGCACAGGGACAGCAUGUUCUUUUUCUCUCCCCAAAGAAUGAGAAGGAUUGAAAAUUGAUAAUUUUUCAUUAAAAUAUUAGUGGGUAUUAGAUGUCAUACAGAAAUGUACACAAGAAAGUACUCGAUUUAUUCGUUCGCUCUAAUUUAAGCCUUUUCUGUCACAAAGGCUUGGAAUUAAAGCCGAGAUUAAAGCUUUGGAAUGUAGACUUUUAAAGAUCGUAAGAACAUUUUUGAAUGUUGGCCUGAAAUAUUUGACACAAACAGCACCUUGAAAAAUCAACCUAUUUUUGUGUGAAAUGCGAUUCCUUCAUAUUCCCAAUAGCAAUUACGAGUACACAAGUGUGACGGGAACAAUAUAUUCGACUAUUUCUGUUUGUUCGUACUCGUUGGCUUUAAUUGGAAAUCGAAAUGUAAUCAGUUGAAUUUUAUUUAAUCAGUUAUCAAUUUUUUUUUUAUUGUAUUUGCUGGAUUGUGGUACUUUGCAUUUGUUUCGAUUUCUUCUCUUCCUUAUAUUUUGCCUCCACUCUAUUUUUUAUAUAUUUUUUUUAUUUAUUGGCAUUUUAAUAGAAAUACAUUGAAAAGACUGUCGUGUUAGAAUCCUCUUUAUUCUAGCUGGUGGUGUAUUGAUGGUGCUAUGAUAUUAGAAUUCUUUUUAAACUUGAAGUAGAAUCAGUAUCAGCAUCAGUAUCGGACAGGAUCGUUUUAAUAGAACAGCAAACGUGAACAAACAACAUUUCAAUAUUUCUUUUCUUGUUGUUGUUGUUCUUCUUUUUCAUUUUCAGCAGACGUUUCCCCUAGAAAACAUUGAACUAUGACCUACAUUAGACUUGAAUGACUUUUAUAAGCAAUGCUAAUACUGCUGAUUCCACAUCAUUUGCCUUACGUGCUUCACAUAACCAAGAAAAAGUCACUGAACAGAUCGAAUCUGUACUUUUACUUCUACUGAGCGUCCCAAAUUACUGUGUCCUUUUGGUACAACUACCUUUAAAAGCUGUAUCCAGUACUAUUAUGAACGAUUAUUUGCUCUUUUAUUUUGAUUUUUUUUUUUUUGUCUUUUUGAUUUUAGUGUCCAACACACAUAUGGGCUUCAUUGUACUUUUGUAUUUCACUGGAAAAUUUAAAAGUAUUUCAAGUUGUUUUGUAAGGUAUUUUAUGGUUUUUUUUAGAGUUUCCAUGUCUAACAUAAAAUAGGCUGUUUUUUGUUGCCUUGUUGCAUUUAUAUUAUACUUUGUGGCUCCAGGUAAACAUCGAUCAUUUUGAUAGUUACUGAUUUGUUGCUUUCUGCAUAGUAGCGUUUUAACCAUACACAGUAACCAGAAGUAGGUUUUGUUUACGUGUUUUUUGGUAGGUGUCAGGUUGUUUGUUCUGAAAGCUGGUGUGUGGAUUUCUGAUCUACAUUGUUUGUUUCAGCAACUGUGGUUGACAUUUACCAGUUCCUGAAAUGGUACUCAUAACACAUGAGGUUUCUAACACAUGCAUUAGAAACAUUAAAAUGUUUUAUAUUUACUUUUCUCUUCUUUUUUCUUUUUUUUUUUUUUUUUUUUGCAAUGGAUCCUCACCAUUUUACUGUCAUAUUCGUACUUUUAAGUUCAAGAAACUAAGGAAUUUUGCAGCUUUGCAUGAGCUCUACUAUGAUGAGUGAAGAUGAACAACAGCAACCACCAAAACAAACACAAGUACAGCAGGUUUCUAUAAUCAGUACCUUCUGUAAUCCAAUAGUAUACAGCAUAAACAUGCCCCUCUCAGUGAAGGGAGUUAUCAUGUUAUCAUUUGGGGUUUUUGUUUCUUUUUGACAUCGAAUCGGAUUCACAAAAGAAUAACUGAAUUCCAUUUCCAGCUUCAGUUUUAAAUAUCCGAAAUUUUGGUGAAACCAAUUUAUAUUGAGUGUUUUUUGGGUACUGCUAAUGGCCCCACAUUUUUAUCCCCUAGCAAACAACACACACACACACACACACACACACACACACACACACACACACACACACACUUGGUUUGCAUUAAUUAUUUAUGGGUAAAAUUUUGUAUUUGUUUUAUUGUUUGUUUGUUCGUUUGCUGCUAAUUUCUCACGGCUUGGCUCAAAUAUAUGAUGAAAGAAAAAGACCCACCCAAAAUUUGAGGCCAUUGAUGAAUAAAAGCUGCUUGUGCUCAUGUGUUGCAUGUGUUCAGUUUUCUUUUUAAAUAAAUAUUUUAAAACCGUU